AUGCCGUCUCUCUCGCCUAGACCGAGAGUUGGGGACGAAGGCGCUGGCAGCAGUGACGCCGCUCUUGUGAACGAGCAGCAGCAGCAGCAGCAGCAGCAGCAGCAGCGUGCGUUGCAGAGCAUGGCGUUGCCAGACGCCGCGCAAGACCGCACGNAGCAGCAGCAGCAGCAGCAGCAGCAGCAGCGUGCGUUGCAGAGCAUGGCGUUGCCAGACGCCGCGCAAGACCGCACGGGCUACAUGGAGUUCCGUGACUACCUGCAUUCCACGGAGGCCCCGGAGCUCCUUAAUGCCCUCACCAUAUCACUUCUGCGCGAGAAGCCGGAUGACGUCAUUUCGUACGUACUCUCGUGGCUGCGUUCCAGACAGGGGCGGGGUGCGGCGCGUGGUGAGACGCUGGUCGACACCGCCGCUUGCGGCAGAGAGGGAGGCGAUGACGUCGAUGGCUCGGACGGGAGCAGCGACGAGGCGGCGUGCUCCAUCUCGACCACCACGGGGACGUUGUAG